GUGAUCGAGCCGCCGAGUAGUGGGGACGGUGGAGUAUGUUGUGCUCUGCAACGCAGCUGUUUCGGCAUGUGAGCUCCGGAGGCUCUUGACGCAGUGCUGUGUUAUAAAUGCAUGUGCUUAACUGUCAGAGCGCCAGUUCGAACACGUGCCUGUGCGACUAUGAGACCGGGCGGCUUCGUGGGGACGCUCUGUGUAUGAGUGGUGCUUUACGCGGACCCACGCUGCUGCGAGCGCUGCCGCCCCUCGACGUCUCUCUCGUGUGUGGAAAACUGUGACAACAAACAGACAUCGGCAGGCCGCACGAUGCUCCCGAGGAGGCCAGUGCCCUUACUCGUCGCGUUAUUUCUCAUUGCAGCACAUUUCUUCACGAUUUUCGUCAUGUUUCAGAAGCCCGACAUGUCCGAGGAGUCUGCGUUGGUGCAGCGCAUCGCCGAGCUGCAGGAGCGACUGCGGCACGCCGAGAUGCUGAACCACCAGCGCUGGGAGGACGUGCUGGCGCUGCAGCAGCACCUGGUGCCGCGCAACGGGAGCCUGGGCGACGGCACGCCCCUCGACCUGCAGCUGCCGGCCAUCUACAACUUCUUGCCGCACCUGACGGCGGGCCCGGACGCCGUCAGACCCGCGGUCAAGAUCUCCAGGGGACGAACCGGAGUGACCAUGGUGCUGGGCGUGCCCACUGUAAAGCGAGAGGUGCAGACCUACCUGAUGUCUACGCUACAGAACCUGAUCAACAACAUGAGCCCUGACGAGAGAAAGAUAUCUCUCAUCGUCGUGUUCAUCGCGGAGACUGAUCUGAGUUAUGUCAUGAAGCAAUCCAAAGAAAUCAAAGAGGAGCUAAGCGAGCAUGUUGAGAGUGGGCUUCUGGAGAUCAUCUCGCCGCCAUCGUCCUACUACCCAGACAUGGACCGCCUCCCGGAGACGCUGGGGGACCCACUCACCCGUGUGAAAUGGAGGACGAAACAGACUUUGGAUUUUGCGUACCUGAUGAUGUAUGCACAAAACAGGGGGACGUUCUAUUUGCAGCUAGAGGAUGACAUCCUCACGAAGCCCGGAUAUAUCACAAAAAUGAGAGAUGCCGCAUACAAUCACGUGGCCAACAAAAGGCAUUGGAUGAUCCUCGACUUCUGCCAGCUAGGCUUUAUCGGGAAACUGUUCAAGUGCGUGGAUCUGUCCAAGUUUGUGGCCUUCUUUCUCAUAUUUUACAAUGACAAGCCUGUUGACUGGCUUCUAGACAACAUGGUUUCCACUAUGAUGUGCCGAAAUGAUCAAGACCAUAAACAGUGCCGGAAGAAGGUAGAUACCAUAUGGAUCCAUUAUAAGCCGUCGCUAUUCCAGCAUGUGGGCAUGCAUUCAUCCUUGAAAGGCAAAGUGCAGAAAUUGAAGGACCGCCACUUUGGCAAGCUGGCACUUCACGUUGGCCACGCCAACCCAACAGCUGUGGUGACCACCUCACUCAAGGCCUACAAGAACUAUAACAUUGCCAGAGCCUACCAGGGCGCCACUUUCUUCUGGUCCCUGCUGCCCCAGAAAGGCGACAACAUCACAUUCCGGUUCACACCACCCAUCCGGAUAGAACGGUUUCUGUUCCGUAGUGGAAACCAAGAGCACCCGGACGACAAGUUCUACAACACCACUGUCGAGGUGCGGCUUGACUACGAGCCGGUGCUUCUGCCACUUUCAAGGACACUCGAUGGGUUCUACGUAGUUGGCAAGUUUAAGGACAGCACAGGGAUUGCUGAGGGAAAGCUGCCCCCCGAAAUGGGCCAUGUACAAACCCUGCGACUGAAUAUUCAGUACGACUCGAGUCAUUGGGCCAUCCUGAGCGAGAUCUGGAUCAAACCAUUAAAUUCCAGUUCCCAAACAAACCCAACUUCUGUGAAAGCUGUUCGGUGAUGGAGCCUGGGAGAUAGGCUCAGUGAAAAAAACGAUCCACACACAAAAAAACGUUCCAUGAUCAGCUCCUGCCUUCAAGAGCCGUUACCUCAUGACAGUGCAAUAAUUUUUCUACCACAUUCACACACUGUGCUGCACCGCAACUGUGUGGUCCCUGAGCAUCGCCAUGACACAGUCAUGCUUGUGAAUGCCGUUUACAUUUCGAAAUGCCUUGCAACUUCAGGUGAACUGUGCAUCGUUCAACUUGUUUUGUUUGAAAGUGCCAGAACUACAUACAGUGCCUGUGCAACGUCGACAAAACUUCACCAUGGACAGCUUCUUUAGUUUGAAAAGUGCGUUUCAAGUAGUACUAGCUUGAAACAGUAAUUCACUACAAAGUGUGAUAGAUGAUUGUUGCAGCAUGUGUGUUGACUUUGUUAAGUCUUUUAGUUUAUGUGCAAUUUUAUUCAUUGUUUCACUCAACUAGGAACGCAUUGUUUAUCUAAUUUUAAAUGAGGCGUGUUUAGAAAUAAGCCUUGUGAUAGCCACAAGGGCAAUGAAUGGAUGUAUAGGUUUUGAUAAACAUUUGUGCACAGGCCUAGUGUAACUUUGCUAUUUAAUCAUAGUAUCGUUUUUCGACCCUCAAGUUGCCUUAAUAGGGUAGCAAUGCACUCAUUAAGCUGACUAAAUGAUGAAUGGCUUUGAAACGGAAUUUUUGUAAAGUUGCUAAGUUAUUAAUCAAAUAGUCGGUGUCUCAUGAGUUAGGCCAAUGACUCAUUGCACCUCUUAACUUUUUCUUUGAAUUACUAUUUCUGUGCGAAUAAAUUGGCACGAUUUGCCCGUGAUAAGUUAUGUAAAGAAAAGAGGUGUAACGUUUUAACAUUGCAGUCAUAUGCGUGAAAACUUGGCAAUUGCCUUGCUUCUCAAUUAUCUCUAUUGCAGUGUGAACUACUUCAUCAUUUUCAUUCUUGGCACAGAGAGCUUAUGAAAUUUCUCCUACGAGAGAAAUGGGCUACUUAUAUUUGAGUGUCGCAACUCACAGCAUAGCACUGGACAUGCAAACGUGCAGUGAUAUUCAUUGCAUAAUUCAGUGAAAAAUUGAUAAAGCUUAGCUUGCGCAUGUGAUUUAAAUGGCUUUGCAUUGUUGCUGCGAGUGAUUCUUGAUAUAAACAAGCAUUCAUGGACUACACUUGCCUAUUGCAUCGCGUUGAGAUGUGUCCUCCCUAUAUGGAAGUGCAUGUAAGCAGGGUUAGAGCCUGUACACUACUCUGACUGGAAUUGAUUUUGAGAGAGGGCUGUCACCAAUUUUUUAUGAAAGCUGUUUACACUUGUCGACUAGGCAGCUUUGUGCUUAUGUUUAUAAACAGAGCACUGAAUGCUUUGCUUAAGCUUGCUAGCUUAUAUAUUAGCAUGGGUGUGACCUAACCCUAUGCUCUUUCAGGCCAUGAGCACUAACUUGCCACUUGCUAUUGAACCUCGUUAUGACAAACAAGUUAGAGUUCAAACUUUAUUUUGCCUGCAACAUCUCGAUGGUCUGCAGAGCUAAAAGCUGCUGAAGGGCAGCUUGACUUGGUCCUUGAAAACCUUCACAUUGAGCAUACAACAGUCAUUUUCAACUAUACACUCGAGGAUGUCGUAGAUAAGCACAAAAAUAACAGGCCAUACUUACAAUGAACAAUGGACUAACAAAUUAAUGAUAAAUAUUCGCUAUAGCAACAUUAGCAAAAUUAAUCUUUAUAACCUGUGUGCUGUGAAUUCCCAGAACAUAUUGCUUAAAUGAAAACAUACACUGGUGGUUAAGUUAUACAUUAGCUACCCUGAACUAAAUUUGAAGUUUGCUUUAUCAUUCUAUAUUUGAUUGGUAAUUCCGCAUCCACUCUGUAUUAAAAAGCGCAGGAUCCAAUGCAAUAUUUGUUAUUGAGUCCCAAGUGUGUGUCUUCUGACAGCUGAAAAUUGCACUAAUUGCAAAAGCAUCAUGCUGUGUUGCAAUGCCAACUGACAUAUACCGCCCCACACAUUGUGUCCAUAUUGCAAAUCAACCCCACUGAUGUGUUUGUAUUAUACUUAAAAUACAACUUGGAAUUAAAGGUAAAGACAUGACACAUUUAUGAUCAGGCUUGAGUUUCAUAGAGGCAUGAAUGCCUGUGUUGCAACCAAAUUUCAUGAAUUUGUCUGUACACUUUUCAGAUAUGGGGAACAUGCACUUGCUUCUUGCGUUAUUUUGUUAAAACGAGGUUCCUCUGUAGAUCAUAUCAUGGAAACAAUGCCUUAGUAAUUGUAGCUGUAUAACUGAGAUCACUUUCUUUUUAGAUGGAAGUUGCAGUUUCAACAUCUCGCAUGUUGUUGAAGGUUUUUAGAGGCUGGAAACAGUUCCCACAGGCCUUUUUGAAAAAGAGCUUCAGUUGAAUGCUUUUCUUAAUUUACAUCUUUCAUUACCUUCACUUUAGCCUUGUGUGCAUUUUCUGGAAAUUAAUCUAAAGUAAGUUAGUUCAUCACAUGAAUGAACAUAAUUGUUCUUACUAAAUGACGUAUCCUUUAAAUUUGUUCUUACUAAAUGACGUAUCCUUUAAAUUAUUGAGUUCUCAGAACUUUCUUUUCCUGUCGUUUACAACUUCCUUCAGUACUGUGAUGUACAAUUUGAAAAACUAUUGUUUCCUUUUCAGAGCCCUAAGUUUAGCUGAUGUAGUUAUAAACUGUGUUCAACAUUUGUGCUUGUUUUGAAACAAUAAAGUAUUUUUUUACUGUUGCA